AUACAAGCUACUCAGAUAAUCAGUGAGUUGACCCGUCUGCUUUCUUUGAGGAUCGUGAGGUUCCUUUGGAUUGUCUGCUCCGUCUCAUGACUCCCCAGACAUGAAGCAAUUAUUCGUGCUGCUGUCAGUAUUGUUGGUCCCCGUGUCUUCAUGUCCCGAUGGGACGUUUAACUGCACAUCAGGAGAAUGUGUUCCUGCUCAAGUCAGACAGACAGAUUGUAAAGAUGGUUCAGACGAGGAAAAUUGUGGCUCAUGCGACUUUGAGGAUGGCCCAUGCGGCUGGAGAGACAGAAGUGAGUCCUCCUCUUACACCUGGAAGUGGCAGAUGGCAAACAUCACCUCGGUACCUGGACAGGACCACACCACAGGAAGCCCUUGGGGACACGUCAUGCAUCUAAACGGUAGUGACAGUGGCUUUAUGCGGACGGCCAUUUUGGAGUAUUCUGUUAACCACACGGCUGCUCUGGGAUGCCAGAUCAGCUUUUGGUACUAUCUUUAUUACGACGAUAUAUAUACAUCCUAUUUUAAAGUGAAACUUGUCAGAGGCCAUUAUUCUAACCAAUUACUAAGAAUUUCUAAACCUACCCAAAAUUCCUGGGAGAAUGCCACCGCCUUCAUCGGUAAUCAACCAGGAGGAUACAAGCUGCAACUGUCAUACGAACCUUCCUAUUCAGAAAAAAGUGACAUUAUGCUGGACGAUGUCAGCUUUGUGAACUGUAGAGAGGAAGACAUACCGGAUGGAUCAGACCAUCUUUCGUGUGAUUUUGAGAAUGAUAUCUGCUCGUGGUACAAUGACUACACACAAAGUCUUCUGUGGAAAAGAAACAAAGAUUCGUAUGAAGAUUUAAAUGGGAAUGGCACCUACAUGCUCAUAAAAGCUGCAUCAAACCUAAACACAUCCUCUGCAGCCAGACUCGCCAGCUUCCCUCAACCUGCUGGUCAGGUCAUAUGCGUGAGCUUCUUCUACUAUAUAUUUGGAAACAGCAUCGGCUCUCUAAAGUUCAUAACGAAGCGUUCUGGUGAACCAGAGACGGUUGUAUGGAUGAGAAGUGGCACUCAGGGACACAAAUGGCGAUUUGCAGAUCUUACUUUCAACAGUGACAAACCGAUACAGUUUAUGAUAGAAGCUGUGGUGGGUGGUACACAAGGGAGCAUAGCCAUUGAUGACAUUGUGGUGUCCAGCAGCGUUAAUGGCUCUUGUCCUCCCGAGAGAGAGUGCACCUUUCAGGGCUCCCUCUGCGGCCUGCUGCCUCAGCCAUCUGCAGACUUCAGCUGGACCCGGAUCACCGGGGCGUCUCAACAUGCUAACUCUUCAGGUCCUGUCGCAGAUCACACGCUGGGGACGGAUCAAGGUUAUUACCUGAGUGCUGAGUUGUGGAGGCACCCUGCCGGGUCCAGAGGAGCAAUGAUGACUGCAGUAAUGGGGCCCACUCCUUCUGACGGGGAAUGCCUGAUGUUUUAUUACUACAUCGAGGGACAAGGAGCGGGUGAACUCAAUAUUUACCUUCAAACUGCUGACAGCCAUGAAGACUCCACCAAGCUGUGGACCAUACAGGGAGAUCAAGGGACGCGUUGGAGGCACGGAAGAGUUACGCUUUUCAGCCCUGAAGCUGCCUACCAGGUCAUUUUUGAAGCAGUAGCAGGGGAUGGAUCAAAGAGGGACAUUUCCAUUGAUGAUCUCACCGUCCUGAACGGCGCCUGUCCCCCAGAAGGUUUUUGUGACUUUGAGAUGGACUAUUGUGGUUGGGUCAACAAUCCCCCACCGGGGGGGACUGGAGUGGACUGGGAAUGGCUUUCAGGGAAAAGUGGCGGUUACUUCGCUCCAGGAAGGGACCACACCACAGAUUCUGCUUUAGGGCACUUUAUUUAUUUUGGCUUCAGACGUAUUUAUGAAAAAAAGGUUGCCCAGCUGGAAAGCGGGCGUAUGGAGGCUGUAGACCAAGCUUGCCUUGAGAUGUGGCACUUCGCCGAAGACUGGGGUUAUAUGGGUCCAUCGGUCAUUACACUUACAGUGUUUGUCAAUGAGACUGCUGGACUACGCCCUGUGUGGGUUACCAACGGCCAUACGAACAACUCCUGGAUCCAAGGCCGAGUGGAUUACAGUGCAUCCGGUCCUCACAAUAUUGUUUUACAUGCCAGGCUCCCAGGCUCCGAGAGUGGAGGUGGUUUUUCGUUGGAUGACAUUCACAUCAUCAGAGGCAGGUCUUGUAAUGACACCAUCGUCACCACCACACCGAUCCCUGCCACGACCACGGCUGCUCUUCCCUCCGCCAUGGACUGCACCUUCCAAGAAGGUCUGUGUAACUGGGUCCAGGAGAUCAGCGAUGAUUUGAACUGGACUCUCAGUCGUGGACUUCAGGUGGAGGAGCCGUGGAACGGACCUCAGUAUGACCAUACUCUUGGAAAUAAUCAAGGUUUCUUUUUACUGCUGAAUGGAUCUGGAUCAAAGGAUGGCGAGCGAGCAGUUGUCUCUGCCCCCGUCAUCAGUCGCCAGUCACAACGCUGCGUCGCAUUUUGGUAUUACAUGCUCGGGCCUUCAGUAUCCACUCUGGAUCUGCUCGUUGAGACAAUAUCCUCUGAGAAUUUAAUGUGGACUCGUCAGGGGACUCAAAAUCCAGAGUGGAUGAACGCACAAGUUACCGUCAGUCUGAACGAUACACUUCGGAUACGCUUGACCGGCCAUAGAAACAUCCGCAGCAGAGGAUUCAUAGCUGUCGACGAUGUUACAGUGAGAGAAGGCGCCUGCAGUUAUCAACAUGUGUGUGGGUUUGACUGGGACAUGUGUGGAUUUGAGAACAGUGUCAAUAACAGGGGUCGCUGGGGUCGCGUGAAGGGAACGAAGCAUCAUCUGGAUCACACCUAUGGAACGGAAAAUGGUUACUACAUGACUGUGACGUCUUCAAAUUCCGAACAGCCUGAGGUGGCUGAGCUGCUCACACCAGAGUUCACUUUGGCUGCAGAGAUGUGUGUGCGCUUCUGGUAUUGGUUACCCACAGAUCCUUCUGACACCCUUGCAGUCCAUGUGCUGAGAAGCGGGGAGCUGGGCAGUGCCCUCUGGCAGCGGCCUGGUUCGCCCUCUACAGGCUGGGAGGUGGCAGAGGUCACCGUGUCCUCACCGGCUAAAUUCUAUGUGGUGUUUAAGGCCUUCAGUGUGCCUGGCACCAACGAGUCUGUGAAAAUAGAUGAUUAUUCUGUGAGGGAUGGGGCCUGCAGUCCUUCAGGCAGCUGUGACUUUGAAUCUGGACCGUGUACCUGGGUCAACAUUCAGAAGGAAGAUCAACAUGAGUGGGUCCUGUCCAACGGAGGAUCCUACGGUCCACCAACGGACCAUACCACUCAGACUCCGGAGGGUUGGUUCUUAUUGAGCUCUUCACCACUCCAAAAUCACCACAGUGUAGCACAAGUAGUGUCUGAAUGGAUCCAAGUGAAAGACACCUCCUCCUGUCUCACCUUAUGGUACCAUAUGGAAAACAGUGACUCCGGGAUCCUGCAGGUGUUCACACGUUCAGCUCCAUCCGAGGAGAAGCUGAUAUUCCAGGGCAACAGCAGCGGGAACAGCUGGACCAGGUUCUCAAAGUCUCUGAACAUGACCAAACCUUUCCAGCUGGUGAUCGAGGCAGAAACCAGCAGCAGAGGAUUCAUUGCCAUUGACGACAUCAGUCUCACAUCUGGCCUUUGCCAAGUUAAUGAAACCAGUUCAGGAUUUGUGGGCUGCUCGUUUGAAAACGGGACGUGUGAGUGGGAGGACAUCAGUGUUGGCCAGUUUCAGUGGGUGAGAGGAAGGAAUGCCACUGGGAACGCUGGACCCACUGUGGACAACACACUGGGCACUGAGCUGGGUUGGUAUGUGGCGGUAGAGGGGGAUCGGGGGGAGCACAUGAGCCCUGCUGCCCUGCAGAGUCCCACCAUGAGCCAGGCCAGCGCAAACUGCACAUUAUAUUUCUAUUACAACAUGUACGGCGAUGACACAGAGCUCAAUGUGCUGCUGAAGGAGGGCUCCAGGACCACUACGCUGUGGUGGUUAUCUGGUAACCAUGGUGAUUCGUGGCACCGUGGGGAAGUUACGGUUGGCCGGGUCCCUCUUGGCUUCACCAUCCUCUUGGAAGCCUCCAGGGAUCUGAAUAAGCCGGGACACGUCGCCGUUGAUGAUGUUGACUUCACCAGCUGUUUCCCACCCGAACCGCAGCCCAAGUGUCCUGAGAGUAUGUUCACGUGCAACAACAGCGUCUGCGUCGACCUAAACCGCGUGUGCGACUUCAGUGAUGACUGCGGGGAUUGGUCUGACGAGAACAGCUGUGAUAAACAAGGUGUGACGGAGCGCUGUGACUUCGAGCAAGGCUUGUGCUCCUGGGCGGAGAGCAGCGUGGACACACCUGGACUGGAGUGGACACAAAGCAAAGGGCAGGAGGCCUGGCCGAGCCACGGCCCCCCCAGGGAUCACACCCAAAACUCUGAUGCAGGUCACUACAUUACACCUGCGGCUCAUCUGACUGCAAAGGGCCAGACAUCUGAGAUCCUGUCUGAAACGUUACUACCCAGUUCAGACUGCACCGUGAGAUUCUUCUACUUCAGCAUGGAUAAUGCUGCAGCCACGCUGACAGCGCAGUCCAGGACACUGACGUCCGGCAGCAACGACAAAGUGUUGUGGAAGAGGGAAACUUCCCCGAGCUACAGCUGGAACCGAGCGGAGGUCUCGUUUUCCUCUUCAGUCAGCAGCAAGAUUGUCUUCAGGUAUGAGCUUGGGGACGCUCCCAGGGGCCUGGUUGCGCUUGAUGACAUCUCCUUUUCCAAAGAAUGUGUUUUUGACCCUGACAACAACGAUCUGCCCGACACACCACCCACACCUGCCCCCACGUCCCCACCGGUGAACCCCUGUCAGGAUGAUGAGUUUUUUUGCCACCUGUCAGCGGGGAAGGUGUGUAUUCUGGCCACGAUGCAGUGUGAUUAUCUUCCAGACUGCCCCCUCGGAGAGGACGAGGCCGGCUGCGGUCCGUGCACGUUUGAGAACAACCAGUGCCAGUGGACUGACAUCAGUGAUGGGCAGAGCAAGUGGCAGAGGCAGAAAGCUAACAACAACACUGAGCCACCCACAGAUCACACGACAGAGACUGGCUACUACAUGAGCGUGAAUGUCACUGUGGCGUCUGUGCAAAGCGACGCCAGGCUCCAGAGUCCCCAGCUGCACCUUUCAUCCCCCUACUGUCAGAUUUUGUUUCACUUCCACAUCAGUGCAGAGAGUGCUGGGUCACUCAGAGUGCUUAUGCAGCAAGCUGAGGGAGGUGAAGCAAUCCUGUGGUCACGCAGUCACAGCACUGUCUCUCGAUGGACUCCAGAACAUCUGCCUGUCAGCCUGUACCCAGAGCCUUACAAGAUUUCGUUCAGUAGCAUAAAUAGAGCAAACCAGGGAGCUGCCAGAAAACAUGUUGUUGCUCUGGACGACAUCUCUUUUCUUAACUGUGAAGCAUCCUACAAACCACCAGCUCUGUCCUCCUUUGGCUGUACUUUUGAAGAUGGACUCUGUGUUUGGGUUCACGGAGCUGAAGAAAACUUGAACUGGAUCAGCGGGUCAGGUCCAACAGAAACCCCCAACACUGGGCCAGCAGGAGACCACACCACCGGCGAAGGGAAAUACCUUUAUAUCAAGAGCUCCCAUCAAAGUGUCGGGGAUACGGCCCAGCUGAAGUCAUCGCUGCUGCCACCUGCUGGUGAAGGAGGAUACUGUUUCAAACUUUGGUACCAUAUGUUUGGAGCUACUGUGGGUUCCUUGAGAAUCUAUCUACAAACAGCUGCUCCCUUUGAAAGAACACUGGUGUGGCAGAAAUCAGGAAAUCAGGAGGAUGAAUGGCUGCUGGUUCAGACCCAUGUGACCUUGCAGAAAGUCCACCAAGUGAUUCUGGAGGCAACAGUGGGAGGCCAGGCGGGAGACAUAGCAAUCGAUGACGUCUCCUUCAUCCCAGGACCAUGCCCUGCUUCCGAUUUCUGUGACUUUGAGGAGGGGUUCUGUAACUGGCAGCAGGAGACCAACCAUGACUUUGACUGGAUCAGACACUCGGGUCCCACUCAGAACUCCCACACAGGACCAGAUAGUGACCACACCACCAACACAGCCACGGGUCACUACGUCUACCUGCCGUCCUCCAUCACCGACAGAGCUGGCCAGAAAGCUUUGAUGUCCUCACCACUUUACCCCGCAGAUAAAGGCUCUUGUGUGCAGCUGUGGUAUCACAUGUACGGGGAUGGAAUGGGGGAGCUGAAUGUUUACCAGCAGGGUGAGGACGGGAAGGAACUUAUUUUCUCGCGGACUGGAGACCAGGGCCGUCGGUGGAGCUUUGCUCAAGCUUCACUCCGUCCCCGAGUUCAGCCUUACAGAAUUGUGGUGGAGGGUGUAAAGGCUGGUCCCACUCAGCAGGGAGACAUGGCCUUUGAUGAUGUCCAGCUGUCGGACGCUCGGUGUCCUUCCUUCUGCGACUUUGAGAGCAAUCUCUGUAGCUGGAGUAACGUCGGAGGAGGAGUCGAUCAGGCAGACUGGCUCCGCGGCUCAGGAGCUUCCCAAAACCCACACUCCGGGCCCGCUGUGGACCACACCACCAACUCUUCUCACGGUCACUAUGUUUAUGUGGAUAGCUCAGUGGGUGAGUGGGGAGACACAGCCUUUUUAAUCAGUAAUGUGUACCAGCCGACCAAUGGAGGUACCGCUGUCACAUUCUGGUACCACAUGAAGGGGAACCACGUCGGAACUCUCAAACUCCACGUGAAUGACAGGAAAAUGCAUGCUACUGGCUCCAACACGGGACUUGAGAAAUGGGUAGAAUCUGAAUCCGAGGGAGACCUGUGGCAGCCAGCCACUGUGCACAUAAAACACGAAGAACCAUUCUGGUUUGUGUUUGUGUAUGAGAGGGGGAUGAAUCCAGGUGGAGACGUUGCUCUAGAUGACAUCAUCGUCAUCCAACACGUAAUCUGUCCUGUUGAGGAAAGCGACUCGCUGUCCGUCGGCCUCGGGGUUGGUCUGACUCUGCUGGCCGCACUUGUCAUCGCCGUCUUCUUCUAUAUGUUCAACCGGCAUCGUAAAAACAAGAACCGGUCGAUUCUGAACGAUGACGGGAAUGACCAGAACUCUGUGCUGGACCUCUUUGACCGCAGAACAGCUGGCACACAACAUGGAUCUGAACCCGAAUCUCACCUCUCCUUCUUCAACAAGCUUUAUUCUUCAUCGCCAGAUACACAGAAGCCCACUGUGGUCUCAUCUGAUGCUUAGUCUUAGACAUUUCUCCUUGAUGAUGCCAUUGAAACAAACCACUACUACAUACCCAUUCAUUUUUACUUGAAAAUGUUGUAAUUUCACUAAAGAAUGACAAAGAACUUAUAAUGUCUGACAUUUUUUUUUCCAAAAACUAGGAAAUAAUAGGUCAAUGGAAAGCUUUUCAGUCUCUGUUUUAAUUACUUUUAAUAAUUUUUUCACUUUUUAUCUGCAAAUGCAGGUUAAGAAACAGGAAUCAAGACGAAAGAAAACUAGUUUUAUAAAGGAGCUUGAUUUACAGUGCCUUGCGAAAGUAUUUGCCCCCCUGGAACUUUGUGACCUUUUGCCACAUUUCAGGCUUCAAACAUAAAGAUAUAAAACUGUAAUUUUUUUUGAAGAAUCAACAAGUGGGACACAAUCAUGAAGUGGAACGAAAUGUAUUGGAAAUUUCAAACUUUUUUAACAAAUAAAAAACUGAAAAAUU